UGCUGCACUCUAGUUGAAGGAAGUCGUUUGAGAACACGGGUCGUUGCACCGCCAUGGCGGGGAAGCAAAACCGCCGCGACGGCCGAAGCGCAGCCAUCGAGGCAUUGUCGUGUGGCCGCAGACCACGCAUGCGCGGCAACGUUCCUAAGCUACGGCGCGAAACACUAAACCUUACGUGCGUUCAGAAACCGACAUUGUUUAUUCAUUGAAAACUUUUAACAAUUAACAUUUUUAAACGCAGAUUUUUCUUUUAAAAGUUUAAAAAAGUGAUCGUGUCUUGAAAACAGCUGCAAAAAGAUUUUCAGAAAAUGAAGUAUAAGGUCAAGGACAUCGACAGCGAGAGCCAGCGCUCCGCCCACCCGCCCGACACCGCCAGCGGACUCGAGGAGAAGCUAGAGCGCACCGUCCGCUGUUCAUCUGUGCUGAUCGCGGCGCUAGGGCUGUCCCUCGUCGCGCUCGGCGUGUACACCACGGUGCUGGUGCUCACCGAGUACCGCAGCCCGCGACCCUGCCUCAGCGAGGUCUGCGUUGGCACCGCCUCGCGAGUUCUCGCCGCAUUGAACAAGAGCGUCGAGCCCUGCGAUGACUUCUACGAGUUCGCCUGCGGUGGCUGGAUCGAGAAGAACCCGGUGCCCGAGUGGGCGACGUCGUGGGACCAGCUGGCGAUACUGCGCGAGCGGCUGGUGUUCGACUUGAGGGAGCUGCUCGAAGACAAGAGCGACGCUGGCCUGCCAAAGAGUGUGCUGAAAGCUAAGGCGUUGUAUCGCACUUGCAUCGACGUGGAUAAGCUAGAAAAAGAUGGCAUCAAACCCAUCGAGGAGGUCCUCGUGUCGCUCGGGCUGCCGGCGCGCCCGCCCUCCGCGCCCAGCGCCAACUUCAGCUGGGAGGACGUCGCGGGCAGGAGCCGCCGCCUGCUGGGCCUCAACGUGCUUAUCAGCGUGCAGGUCGCCGAGGACGUGCGGAACACCAGCAGGAACCGCGUUGUGGUAGAGCAAGUGACGCCAGGGUUCAGCGACCGCUACCUGCGCCAGCCGGACCAGUUCGCGCACGAGCUGGGGCAGUACCACAAGUACAUCCGCGCCGUCAUCGAGAUCGCUGACAACGACACCGACGCGGAGAGCUUCGCCGACGACAUCAUCAAGUUCAGCACCGACUUGGCUCUGAUAAUGACCCCAGUGGAAGUGCGUCGUAGUGGCACGCAUCUGUUCCACGAAGUCAGCGUUUCGCAACUCGUACAGGGCUCUAGUGGUGGACCCGCCCAGUGGAAUCAGCACAAAUGGCAGAAAUACAUCGACCUCGUGUUCGCGGACACGAACGUGACACUGGACCAGAACCUCGACCGGGUGAUUGUGAUGGACCUGCCCUAUCUGCAUAAGCUGGCUACUUUGUUGACCGACACCAAACCUGUCAUCAUUGAGAAGUUCCUGUGGUGGAGCGUGUUCUCCACGCUGGCCCCGAUGACCCUGAGAGCGUUCCGCGACCUGGGCUUCGAGUUCUCCAAGGCCGUAUUCGGGCUCCAGCAGCGGACGCCGCGCUGGAAGAGCUGCACCUCCAACGUCAACGCCAACUUCGGCGUGGCCAUGAGCUACCUGUAUGUGAAGAGACACUUCGACUACACUUCCAGGCAAAAGGCAAUCGAGAUGAUAGAAGACGUGCGUGAAGCGUUCGCCGCGGCUACCAAAGACUUACCCUGGAUGGAUGCCAGUACCCGCGCUACUACCUUAAAGAAGCUACGCGCCAUCCGCACCUUCGUGGGCUUCCCGUCGUGGCUGCUCACCCACGAGGACCUGGACAAGCACUACCGGCAUGUGGAAGUGAUAGAAGGCGACUUGUUUGGAUCCUACCUGAAGCUGACGCAGGCAACCGUUAAGAAGUCCCUGGAGUCUCUUCGCGAAAAACCAGACAGGGAUAGAUGGGUCGCCACCGCUACCACUGUGAAUGCGUUUUACUCAGCGACACUCAAUUCAGUCACGUUCCCAGCUGGAAUUUUGCAACCACCGUUUUAUGGAAAUGGAAUUGAAGCUAUCAACUACGGAUCGAUCGGAGCUAUCAUGGGACACGAGGUCACUCACGGAUUUGAUGAUCAAGGUCGUCGCUAUGACGAGCAAGGCAACUUGGCCCAGUGGUGGACAGCGGGCACCCUGGAGCAUUAUCACGCGCGGGUCAAGUGUAUCGUGGACCAGUACAACCAAUACAGAUUGCCUCAGCUGCCGAAUUACACUGUGCACGGCUUCAACACUCAGGGCGAGAACAUAGCAGACAACGGCGGGCUACGCGCGGCGCUCAGCGCAUACGAUCUGUACGCGCGCCGACACCCCACUGCACGAAGAACCGUACUGCCGGGACUUCCUGACUAUACUCCUAACCAGCUCUUCUUUUUGGGCUUCGCACAGAUAUGGUGUGGAAACUCAACGACCGGCGCACUUAAAUCCAAAAUGGUAGAAGGCGUUCACAGCCCAAACAAGAUUCGAGUGAUCGGUACUCUUAGUAAUUCGAAAGAGUUCGCCGAAGCCUGGCAGUGUCCCGUGGGGUCAGCAAUGAACCCUGAACAUAAGUGUGUGCUGUGGUAGUUAAAUUGUGAUCUUAGUUGUAAGCAAACCAAAGACAAGACUCAAUGUUACCGAUAAGUUACCAUAGACAUAAGAUCCUCAGAGUGUAGCUUUUGAGAGAAACUUUUUUACUAGAGACUGUGAUGGUUGUUAUUGGUUCUAAUUUUGGUAUUCGAUUAGGAGAAGUCGCACCAAUUGUUAUUAUUACAAUCACAAUCACAAACAAUUGGCUGAAUCUAUGGUAUUCUUGUUACGACAAUAGAUUUUCGCCAAUUUGACUGAUAACACCAAUUCAGAACUCUAGUGAACAAGUUUUGCUAACACAUGCACUUGUAGCUAAAAAUAGAUAAGGACCAGAGUUGCUGUGAAGAGAAAAGUUGAGACUUAAAUAUUUAGUUAUCAAUUAUCAUUUCUAUAAUGUUUAAGACAGUAUUUAGAGUAAUGUAAUAAAAAGAAACGGAAACUAAACAAAAAAUAUGUUACCUUGUCACUAUAAGUUGUAUUAAAUUGUGAC